AUGGUCGUCGUUGAAGAGUCGCGUCAAGACUACUGUAUGCUUCGUGAACGCCUUGCGGCAUUCAUGGGUGCACCGCCGGAGGGUCAAACACGGGAUGACUUCCGUAUGACGUAUUUGGAGCACAUCGCCGAUGAAGCAAUUGCAGGAAUUGAACCAAAUCGCUUGCACGUUUACACUGCGCGACUCGAGCAAUUUUACGCACUUGCGGAGAACAUGGAGGACAUGGAGGUUGGCACGUGA